CUCUAUAAAUAUGGCUUAUGAGUUAUGAUACUGUCUGAGGGACACAAAAAAUUCUCUCUUUUCUCUGAGUCGCAGCUUUUACGUUUUCCUAAUUCUUUGUCCUUAGCAUCACCAUCUCCAUGGCCAACACCAAACACCUCACAUUUACUUUCACCAUCGUUCUCACGCUCCUCUUCUCAUUCGCCACAGCAAAAUCCCCAACGGCUUUGGGUGUCCAGAAGGAGAAGCUCAGCCACCUUCACUUCUUCUUCCACGACAUAGUGAGCGGUCCAAAGCCCACCGCGGUGAGAGUGGCCCAGGCCCACAUGACCAACACCUCCUCCACGCUUUUCGGGCUCCUGAUGAUGGCCGACGACCCAUUGACCGUGGGCCCCGAGCCCGGGUCCAAACUCGUGGGAAAGGCCCAAGGAAUUUACGGAUUUGCGUCCCAGGAAGAUAUGGGUUUAUUGAUGAUCAUGAAUUUCGCGUUCACCGAAGGGAAAUACAAUGGCAGCACACUAAGCUUGUUGGGGUGGAACGCGGUGUUGUCCACCGUGAGGGAGAUGCCAAUAGUUGGAGGAAGCGGGGCUUUCCGGUUCGCACGUGGGUAUGCUCAGGCCAAGACUCACACGGUUGAUUACAAGACAGGGGAUGCUGUCGUGGAGUACAACGUCUACGUGCUCCAUUAUUAACUAGUGCGUGAAGAUGUAGUAUCGUUCGAUCUCUGAUUCUUUUCUUUACUUUCUCCUUUCUUUAUUAGAUGCUUUUGGAAUAAGAACUUGUCUUAUGCUUCGUGUGUGUUACUUUUGUUAAAGCUAAUGGACUUAAGAAACUGUUAUGACUGAAGAAAACAAUUUAAGAAAAUUAGUUUGCUUAA